CCUCCCACCGUCACUCUCAAUUAUUUCUCCUGUGAUGCUCGUUUGCUAGAGAUCCGAUCGGCCGGCGCUCCUCCAUGGCCGUCGACCUGAUGAGUUAUACCAAGACAGACGAACAGAUCGCGAUACAAGAGGCAGCUACCGCCGGCAUCCGCUCCAUGGAGCAUCUGAUCCGGAAGCUCUCGCUCCAGCAGCAGCAGCAGCCGCUCGACUGCCGCGAGAUCACCGAUCACGCCGUCUCCAAGUUCAAGAAGGUCAUAUCCAUCCUCGACCGCACCGGACACGCCCGCUUUCGCCGCGGACCAACUUCGCCGCCGCAACCCCCUGUGGCGGAGCCGUCUUUUCUCGCGGCUGCGAAGACGGUGACUCUCGCUCCGAUCCCGCUCCGCGUCAAGCUUCCGGAUCGUUCGCUUCCGCCUCCGCCGCCGCCGCAGUCGCUCACGUUCGACUUCACCAAGACGGCCGCCUCUGCCAGCGCCGCCGGUAGGAAGUGCUUUAGCAUGGGGACGCCGAUGUCGUCCGCCACGUCGUCUUUCGUGUCGUCCGUCACGGUCGACGGCAGCGUGUCGAACGGCACGCUCGGGCCUUCUUCUCUCCCCCCUCCCGCUCCCUCACCCACUGGGAAGCCGCCUCUCUCAUCCGCCUGUAAGCGGAGGUGCCAUGAGCACGACCAGACCCAAUCGGAGCACGUCGCCGGGAAAUACGCUGUUCCCGGCGCUCGUUGCCACUGCUCCAAGCGACGGAAACUGCGUGUUAAACGCACUAUCCGCGUGCCAGCGACUGGUUCGAAGGUGGCGGACAUCCCGGCCGACGACUACUCGUGGCGCAAGUACGGCCAGAAGCCCAUCAAGGGAUCCCCAUACCCCAGGGGUUACUACAAGUGCAGCACCCUGCGCGGCUGCCCUGCGAGGAAGCACGUCGAACGUGCGCCGGAUGACCCCUCGAUGCUCAUCGUCACCUACGAAGGAGAGCACCGCCAUACUCCGGCCACCGGCAACCCGAUCGCCGGAGCCACCGCAAUCUGACGCUGUCCUAGCGCCGACCUCCUCGAUCCCCUUUCGCUUGUUCGGCUUUAUUUAUUAUUAUUUGCUCUUUUCUGUAAAAUAUUUUCCUGGUUUAAAAAAAAAUAUUCCUAAAA